GUUUUUGUUUACAUUCAUCUCACAACAAACCGCAAGUUGCGUUAAAAUUUCGUCAAAAACCCUUUAAAAACACAAAAUCAACCAAAAAUGAGAUACGCUCAGCUCGUUCUCGGUCCUGCAGGAAGCGGAAAGUCAACCUACUGCGCUACAAUGCAACGACAUGGUGUCGAUACGAACCGAACUAUCGAAGUUGUCAACUUAGAUCCCGCCGCAGAGCAUUUCGACUAUCAACCUCUCGUCGAUAUCCGAGAUUUGAUCCAUCUCGACGAUGCCAUGUCCGAUGAAGAGCUCCAUUUUGGCCCAAAUGGCGGCUUAGUUUUCUGCCUCGAACAUCUCAUCGAAAAUAGUGAAUGGUUACGCGAUCAACUUUGUGGCGGCAGUGACAACGAAGGCUUGGAAGAUCCCGACGACGAUUACAUAAUUUUUGACAUGCCGGGACAAAUUGAGCUCUACACACAUUUAGAUACGGGCAGACAACUCGCAAAAUUGCUCGAAUCGUGGAAUUUUCGUGUUUGUUCCGUUUUUCUGCUCGAUUCGCAAUUCAUGGUUGACGGAGCGAAAUUUUUAUCCGGCACGAUGACGGCGCUGAGUGUCAUGGUGAAUUUGGAAUUGCCUCACGUGAAUAUUUUGAACAAAAUGGAUUUACUGAACAAGGCAGGUAAAAGUCAAAUUGAGAAAUAUUUGGAGCCAGAUUCGAUGGCUUUGCUGUCGGAAACGAACGAUGACUCCGCAUGGGGAAGAAAAUACAAAAAAUUGUCAGAAGCCAUCGGGAGAAUUGUCGAAGACUUUAGUUUGGUGAAGUUUUUCCCGUUAAACAUCAAAAACGAGGAGAAUAUUCAGGAUAUUUUGCUGAUGAUUGACAGUGCGAUACAAUAUGGCGAAGACCUGGACGUCCGAACGAAGGAUUUUGUCGAACCCGACGACGAAGACGUCAAUUAUAUGGAAGAUCCGACAAAUUAUUUCGGCGAUGAUGCGUAAAAUCCAAUAAAAAAUAUUUUUUUAAAACAAAAUUUAUUCGUAAACA